AUGAAAAAGCACAAACCGAGCUUUAGACAGCUCUGGUGUGCUAAUGUUUUUGAUGCUUGCAAUGACAAGUAUGUGAAAGACGCUCAAAUAGACACUGAUGCCGUGCUACGGUCCAAACACCACGAGGCAUCUUUCACAAAGAACAAGCAGAGGAAAAUUAUCGUGGACACCGAGGCUUCUGAUUACGAGGACAUUUUCAUAGACAAAGGAACCCCAAUUGGACCAGACGAUAUACUAGAAGCAGUGAAGCCGCUGGCUUUGAAAAUCCCAACUCCUCGAAGGGAAGAAAUCAAAAACCUUCCGCUGAGUGAUCUACUACGUGCCCUUCAUUACUACAGCAGUUAUAGCGGUCUACAAGAACACAGUUGUGACGAAACAGCAUUGCUCAGUUUGGGUAUGCUUGUGGAGCAGUGGGCAGACGAGCUUGUGACAGACGACUUUGCUAAAAUGUUUGCUGAGCCUGAGAUGAACAUGGAUGGCGAGAUGCUACCGAGGGAUGAGCAGCACGAGCUUGAUGCUUUGGGAAAUUACACCCAAGACGUUGAGUCUGAGGAGUCAGAUAUAAUAUCUCUAGAUCUAGAGCCUAGCGAUGAGGAUCAUGAUGUCACAAGUGAAAGCGAAGAAAACGAAGAAAAUGACCAGCAUCAUGCGAUUCAAACUUCGGAACUGGAAUCCGGAGUAGGUGGCAGCACUAUUUCAGAUGCUACGUCUAUUUCAAGCUCGGAACUGGAUUCGUCUUCAUCCUCCGUUUCAAAUGCCGAGGUAUCUCAAAAAAUAGUGCCUCACAACACAACCAAAGCUGAUCUUCCAGAUGAAUCGAAUGAGUCUUCGUCUGAAGAAUCAAGUGAUACCUCUAGCUCCAGCUCGGACUCAGGUAGCUCGAGUUCAGAGAAUUCUGAACCCGUUGACGAUUGA